AUGCGAAGAGAUUUUAAGUAUAAUGAAAUAGAGUUCCCACCUAUUCCAAUAUUUCCAGAAAAUUCGGAAUAUAUAUACUUAGAUCCCAAGAAAAAUGAAACAAUAUCAGAAUGUCUAGAACGAGCAUCUUUCAAUUCGACAAUAGUAAUACCAGAAGGAACAUACAAUGAGAAUAUUCUAAUCAAAAAAAGAAUUAGACUUGUUGGUGAAGGAAAAGUUGUAAUUAAAUCAAUCAAUUCAGAAGAUUCGAUAACAAUAGAUUCUUCGGCAGUUCAGAUAUGUUCUAUUAACAUACUUUCAGGCAAUAAUCAAGCUUCAGCUCCUGUAAAUUUACUCUCUGGAUCUGUUGUACUCAGUCAAUGUGAAUUAUCAUCUAUUGCUGUCCCAGCAAUACUUACUCAUACUAAUGGCACUGUUUUUUGUAUAAAUUCUCAGUUAACUUCGACAGAAAGUCCUUGUUUCAAAAUAUCUGGUCGAGUAAAGGUAGAAUUAAACAAUUCAAUUGUGCAGAAAUCAUCAAAGUGCGGCAUUUUAUGCACGGAUUCAGCUCAACUCAAAGUUAUAAAUUCGACUAUAGAGAAUUGCAAAGAUUCAGGAAUUGUUGCACUCGGAGAAAGUUAUAUUUGCAUACAAAAAACGCAAUUUACUAAUAAUGGCGGAAAUGCCGUUGAAUUAAACACAAUAUCCUCAGAAAAUUACUUAAAAGGCUGUGCAAUCAGCCAGCACCCUCAAGGAUGUGGCAUUGCAUGCUCAGGGCCUGGCAAAUUACUUGCAGUAGACUGCAUUUUGUCAGGUUUUUUGGCAGGAAUCUCAUUAACAGAUGGAUUUGAAGCGACAACAGUCAAUUGCCAUCUCACGAAUGCCACACAGAGUGCCUUAGUAUCAGCUACAAACAAAAGUUCCAUCAAUAUGUUCAACGAUCAUUUAACUGGAAAUUGCCAAGCUGGAUUACUUGCCACAGAUGGGGCAUCGAUAUCAGCAACCAAUGUACAGAUAGUCAAUGUCCCAAAUUGCGGUGCAAUCGCGUACUCAAAUGCUACAUUAUCUCUUAUGGAUACUGCAAUUUCGGAAGUGUUGGAGAAUGGCGUUGAAAUUCAGUCGGAUUGCAAAUUCACGUCAAUAGGCUGCACAGUGGAAAACGUAGCUGCCAUAGGUAUUCUUGUAAGAGAUAACUGUUCUGCCAUUAUCGACCAUACUAAAAUCAAAAAAGCGAAAUCUGCCUGUUUACAUUUUGUAAACUGUCAGAAAAACCAAAUAAAUGUCUCUCAAUCAACUUUUGAAGGUUCUGAAGGCAAUUCCGUUAAUGUCAACCAAUCCCCAGCGACAUUUAGAGAGUGCACAUUCUCUAGUAAUCAAUACGACGGUUUGCAGUUAAGAGGGAAGAUAUCUGCCCAAUUUAUGUCAUGUGUUUUCACGGAAAACAAGGUAGUUGGUGCCAAUGUAGUUGAUGGAGCCAAAUGCCACUUCGAAAACUGCAUGUUUAACAAGAAUUCCGGUACUGGAUUGUCAAUUCAGUCUUCAACUGCCAAUUGUUCUAAAUGCUUCUUCCAAGAGAACAUCAAAAUGGGUCUUUGUGCCUUUGAAGGCUCUUCCGUGUCGAUAAAGACCUCAUUGUUUAAGAAUAACCUUUCAUUCGGUGCCCAAAUCGAGAAUGAAGGGACAUCUGCAACGUUCGAGAACUGUGACUUCACUGACCACUUAAAUUCCGGGUCAGUUAUGGUCUCAAACUCUCCAAAAGCAGUUUUUUCGAAGUGUAACUUCUCUCGGAACAUGAAUUCCCACAUUGAGAGCCGAGAGAAUGCUACAACAACAAUAAAGAACUGUGAGUUCUCGACGACUAAGUGCGGAAUCGGAUUAAUGACGAGUUUAGGCGCAAAAGUCAAAAUCGAAAACUCCAAAAUUUUCGAUGAGAAACAAAGCGCGAUUGUUGUUGGCGAGAAAGGAAUUUGCGAUGUGAACAACUGUGAUAUAUCCAAUUGCAAGAUAUCUGGCAUUGCCUUCCUCCAGGAAAGCAGUGGAUCUGUGAGUAAUUGCAAAAUUUAUAAAAAUGGUGCUUGUGGAAUUCAGAUUUUGUCUCCGAAAGUUUCUGCAAAGAACAACGAAAUCCAUGAUAAUAAGCACUUCGGAAUAAGAAUUGCUAUAGGGUUACAGGAUAAUUUCUCUGAAAACAACUUCAGAAAUAACUCUGAAAAAGAUAUUAGUUAUUUAACUUGA